CCUGCGCGUGAGGCGAGGACUGACGAUCCCCGGAGGUGGGGUCGGGGGGGGGGGGGGGGGGGGACCCUCUACUUCACUUGCGCUCUGUUCUCGUCGGGAACGCCUCAGCAACAUGCGCCGCGCGCUACUCGCGCUUGGAACAGCCGUGCGCAAGACUCCAAGGACGCAAGGACAACAGUCGGAGUCCACAUUGCACGCUUCUACUUGCCCCCCCAGGCUGGAUUUAAGAAAAGGCGCACCUGGAGACUACGCUUGAUCUCGAACACGUGGAGGAUAAUCGCCUGGAGUCAUUAUUAUUAUUAUUAUAUUUGGAAGACGCAACUACGCACAGGGAUUCUCCAACAAAUGCCAGCGCCCAAGUUGUGCAUCAUUCAUUUUCUUGAGUCCCAGAGGUCCCCUCACAGUUCCGGUGAAUCCUAGCCGGAGGGGAGUGGGGCGGCGGCGGUGGUGGUGCUGCGGGGGGGCUUUCUUUCUCUCGCCUGCGGGAUGUGGGCCGGAGGACUCCCGGCCGCCGUGGUCGUGACCCUACUCGCGAUCGCCGUCGACGUGCGGGCCAGCGGGGAGUACUGCCACGGGUGGCAGGACGCCCAGGGAGCGUGGAAGGAAGGCUUCCAGUGCCCGGAGAAGAUUGACGGCGUGGACGCCAUCAUUUGCUGCGGGAAGUGCGAGCUGCGCUACUGCUGCUCCAGCACGGACGCGCGGCUGGACCAGGGCGGCUGCGACAACGACCGGCGGGCCCUGGAGCCCGGGAACGAGGGCAAGGAGACUAAGGACUCCGGUGCAGUUCCCAUCUACGUCCCCUUCCUGAUCGUGGGCUCCGUCUUCGUGGCCUUCAUCCUCGUUGGCUCGGUGGUGGCCAUGUGCUGCUGCCGCUGUCUCCGCCCCAAGCAGGAGUUGGCGGGGUCGGGGUCGGCGGGGGGCUCCGGCGGAGGGGGCCGCCUCCUGGAGACCAUCCCCAUGAUGUCCGCCGCCGCCGCCGCCGGCUCCAGGGGCUCGUCCUCGCGCCAGUCCAGCACGGCCACGUCGUCCAGUUCCUCCGCCCCGUCCGCCAACGUCCGCCCGGGGCCCCAGGCGCCCCCCCCUCUGGUCCGGGCGCAGGCCUCCUGCUGCCUGCCCCCCGACGCCAGCGUCUUCGUCAACAUGCCCACCAACUUCUCCGUCCUCAACUGCCAGCAGGCCACGCAGAUCAUGCCCCACCAGGGACAGUUCCUGCAUCCGCAGUACAUCGGCUACGCCCACCCGGUGUCCCCCGCUUUUAUAGACCCCACCCAAGGCGGGUAUCGACCCCUCCAGUCCCCUUGCCCUCCCCCUCAACCUGUCGCCAGUGAGCAGAAAUACCCCCCGGUGACAGUGUGACGACUUGUUAAACAACACCUGAGUGGAUUCUGGUGUGUCUGCCCCCCACCGCCAUUUUUUGGUGGUUAGAAUACGUUGUAUGUUCCCCCACCCGUCUAUAAACAAUAUUCUGAUCAACGUCGCAUUUGUGGAAUAAAAAUGAUCCAUCCAUCCGUUUUCUUGGCUGCUUAUCCUCACGAGGGUCGCGGGGAGUGCCGGAGCCUAUCCCAGCUGUCGACGGGCAGGAGGCGAGGUACACCCUGAAAUGGUCGCCGGCCAAUCGCAGGGUACAUAGAGACAAACAGCUGCGUUCACAAUCACACCUGUGGGUAAUUUAACCAUCCAUCCAUUUUCUUUGCCGCUUAUCCUCACGAGGGUGGCGGGGAGUGCCGGAGCCUAUCCCAGCUGUCAACGGGCGGGAGUCGGGGUUACACCCUGAACUGGUUGCCGGCCAAUCGCGGGGCAUAUAGAGACAAACAGCCGCGCUCGCAAUCACACCUAUGGGCAAUUUAAAGUGUCCAAUUGAUGUCGCAUGUUUUUGGGAUGUGGGAGGGAACCGGAGUGCCCACCGGGAGAAAACCCACGCAGGCACGGGGGAGAACAUGCAAACUCCACACAGGCGGGGCCAGGAUCGAACCCGGGUCCUCAGAACUGUGAGGCCAACGCAGCUGAGCCACCCGAACAAAAAUUAAAGUCAACUAAAUUCAUCAAUUUUCCGCCUUAUUUGGCAACAUCGCCCCCUGCUGCGUCAACUGAAAUUAAUCUCCCAAGCGCUCUUUGCGUGUUGCAAAUGUCACGUGACCAAACGUGCCAGCAGGUGACCCGCGUAUGCUACAAAAACUAGCAUAACGACGGCUUGAUGGUAUGAUGGGUUUGCUAAAAAAUGUAUUCAACCCAUCAUGACAUCAAGCCGCCGUUAUGGACGGGAACUGUUGAAUUAACCCAUUCACUCAUGAUUCCACAAGUGUGAUAUUAAUAAUUGGGCUAUUUGGACUGGUGGUGGAAAAUUCUAUGUAUUCCUGCAAAAAAUGAAAUAAAACAAAUUUAGGUUUAGUUCCCCUAUGAGGACUCCUACUGUUUGUUCGCCGGACUCGGUUUUCGGUACUGCGGAUGAGCCGAAGUUCAAAAAUAUUUUCCAAGUAUGAAAGAUUUGUGUGUUUGUGCCAGUGAUGACUGGGAUGAUUUAUAGUGCGGAUUU